CACACAGCCACACAAACACACACACCACACAGCCCGACCAACUCAACUCACCCGCCUUCGCUGGUUGUGCUGGGCCUGGCGUACAACGUUCCCUUCCUCCCUGUUGGCCUGCCGUGCAAAGGUGAACGUAACACUAACACCGCUGACCUCGACGAGUUAAGAUAGGCUACAGACAGUGCCGGUUUUUGUGAUUAAAAUCAACGACUUGAUUUCAUCAUCAUCAUGUCUACUACUAUUCGAAGUGCAGAAGAUCUUGUGAAGGAUGCUUGUGCUGCUUUUGAGAAAAGGUUUGGCGAGAAGCCGAGCGUUGCCGCAAAAGCCCCGGGACGUGUCAACCUCAUCGGUGAACAUACCGACUACAACGCUGGAUUUGUUUUCCCCAUGGCUCUGCCCAUGGUGACUGUGAUAGUUGGACGUCCGACGGCUUCAGGCACGUGCCGAGUGGAGACUCUCGCAGCGGCAGAUGACCCGCUUUACACAGAAUUCCCCUCUAAAAAAUUAGAACCUGGAAAGCCUAAAUGGUGCAACUAUGUGAAAGGAGUUGCUGCGCAAAUGCCAGGAAACAUUCCCUCCUUUGAUGCUGUGGUCACAACAUCGGUGCCCCUGGGGGGCGGAGUCAGCAGCUCGGCAUCGCUGGAGGUGGCCACACACACGUUCCUCGAGCAGAUGGGCGGGGCCGGGGAGAAUGACACGGAGGUGGACAAGAUUCUCCGCUGCCAGAAGGCGGAGCACGAGUUUGCUGGCAUGCCGUGCGGCAUCAUGGAUCAGUUUAUCUCUGUCAAGGGGAAGGCUGGCCAUGCCGUGCUCAUUGACUGUAGGUCCCAAGAAGGUCGUCUGGUGCCCAUGUCUGACCCGAGCGUGGUGGUCCUGGUGACCAACUCCAAUGUGAAGCAUGAGCUGACCGGCUCGGAGUACCCGACGCGCAGGCGCCAGUGCGAGGAGGCAGCCAAGCUGUUUGGGAAGGAGAGUCUGAGAGACGCCUCCGAGGCGGACCUGGAGGCGAAAAAGAGUGAAAUGAACGAGGAGAUGUUCAGACGAGUCCGCCAUGUGAUUACGGAAAUUAAAAGAACGGACGAGGCCGCGACUGCCUUGGAGAACGGAGACUACAAAACGUUUGGCAACUUGAUGGUAGCUAGUCAUAAUUCUCUUCGGGACGACUACGAAGUGUCCUGCAAAGAACUGGAUCAGCUAGUCGAGUUUGCCAUGGAGCUCCAGUCUGAGGGGGUGUUUGGCUCUCGCAUGACAGGCGGGGGGUUCGGUGGCUGCACCGUCACACUCCUCAAGGCCUCUGCUGUUGACAAAGUUAUCGAACAUGUGGCGGCCAAAUACAGCGCUUCAGGGAACAAAGCCACGUUCUUUGUGUGUCCCCCGUCGGACGGAGCCACCAAAGUUCGCCUGUAGAGAUGUCUGCAUCUUGUGUGGUAGCGUGUAGCUGGUGGGAAAAUCUCCCAGAUGAGCUCGAGGGAGUUUGAAGAGCUCGUAAUGUUGUUGUAAUUUGUUACCCUAAUGAGCAUUACAGACGAUAUGCAAUGAGUCAUGAUUUACUACAUGUUAUUAGUGAAGGUUCACUUUUGCAAAUUUUAUCUAUCUACCGGAAAUGAUAUUUACAUGAAUUGUCUUGUAGUAGUCUGGUGUGCUUUUACUGGGUGAAAUUGUGUUGAGUGAAUGUAUGAGACAUAUAUAUCUACUUUUUGUAGGGACAAAGGGUUUGCGCUUGUCCACUAGUGGUAGCAGGAAUUUAUUUUGAGAGGAUUGAAAAUUUGGUGGGCUUUGUGAUAAAAUGGAUUGUCUCUGAACUUUGGUUUUAUUUUUUUUAAUUUUUGGUCUCAAGCUCGAACAUUAAUGUUACUGUUGUGAAAUAUUUGGUCCCUUAAUGUGCUGUAACUAAUAAAUUUGUCAUGCUUUGAUUCGGUUUUCUUUCCAAAGUGUGUAUCAAACUUUUCUACAUUUUUUCAUAUCUUGGAUAUGAUUUUAUCACAAAGCCCAUACUUUGCUGUUUUUGUGAACUGUGUGUGGGAACUAGAGUUGUUUAGUAUGUGUCUUUAUUUUUAACAGAUGAAAUAGAUUUUGAGUGAAUUUACAAUAUUUAGCUAUACUCUGCUGUUUAGGGAAUCCAGUUAUAAUUGCGUAUAAAAUGUUCUAUUUAUUAACAAUAGGAACUGCUUUUUGAGAGGGAGACAAAUUUUAACCAAUGUAUUGUGUAAGGACUAUGCUUUUUUCCUGAAUUCUGAUCCUGUGGAUCUUUUUUUUUUCUUUCUUUUGCCUGGUCUGUGGCUUUAGUGUUUGCUUUUAGCUUGUUUGUUUGGUUGUUUUUUUUUCUCUUGAAUACCUUGAGGCCUUGUUAUGAUGUGACACAACUAACGCUAUCUGAGGCGGGGAGCGGAGGGCAUUGUUAGGUUAUUGAUUGGUCUACAGUUUCAGCUCUUACUUGAAGAGGCUGUCAUGGUAACGUUUCUGUUUGAUUCUGUCUGUCUUCCUUUUGGUUUUUUCUCAUUUACAGACUGUUUGGAAAAAAGUUAUUAAGAACAUUACUAAUUCUGAGAAUGUGUGUAUUUUUAAUGGCUUGAUGAAUUGACCGCCUGAAUUUUUUUUUCAACAUCAUAGAAUUGAACAUUUUUGUAACCCUAUUUACCCUUACAACUUUUGCAACCUUUGUUCUCUUAAAACGUCAAUGUGCACUGUUUUAUUUAUGUGUCAAAUUGUGUUUUUAUACCAGCAUUGAAGAGUGCAUUUGCAAGGCUUUGGUGAAAGAUUGAUGCUCAGUACUGAAACAGUAUUUGCUAUUUAAAGAAAAA